UUUCUCUCUUUUAUUAUCGUUUGCUGCAGGAUCAGCCUCAUUAUCACUUAGACAUAUUCCUUUCGCUGUGCGAUCAACGUUAGAUAUCAUUUUUAGAAAAUAUGCGUUUUACAUCUCUAGUUACCAUCACUGCCUUUUAUUUUGCUGGACUCAUUCAGGCACUUCCUAUUCAGUCCCGUGAUAUCUCUUCUCUUAAUGGUGCUACCUAUACUGCUCGUAACUCGGAUGGCUCUUGUCAAUCUGCUGGUCAAGUCCUUGCAUCUGUGAAAUUGAUGAAAGCAAGUGGUAUCAGUAACAUCCGUACUUACGCUCAAGAAUGUAAUCAACUUCCCAAUAUUCUGAAUGCUAUUGAAUCUGUAGGUGGAGGCAUGACUGUAUUGGCUGCUGUCUGGAUUGAUGGCACUUCCAACGACGAUAAGGAAAUCAGCACACUUAAAUCUGUUUUGAGCAGUACAUCUAACCUUGGUGCUAUUCGUGGUAUUUUAGUGGGUAAUGAAGUCUUAUUCAAUGGCAUCAUGUCUUCUUCUGAAUUAGUCAACAAGGUGAACAAGGUUAAGGCAAUUGCCAAGGGCAUUCAAGUUGGCUCUGUUGAAGUCGACUCUACUUAUUCUUCUGAUCUCGUAUCUGCCUCUGAAAUUGUUUGUGCUAAUAUCCAUCCUUAUUUCUCUUCUGUCAGUAUUAAUGAUGCGUUGGAUAACGUGUCCACUCGAUACAAUAAUUUUAAAAAGAUUGCUCAUGGUAAACAAGUCUAUAUCACUGAAACUGGCUGGCCCAGUAGUGGCUCACCCUCUGGUGAUGCUGUUCCUAGUCUUGCUAAUACACAAAAGUUUGCUGCUGCUAUAUCUGGAAGCUCUCUUCCCUAUUACUUUUUCGAAUGGCAAGAUUCUAACUGGAAGUCCUCUGGUGUUGAGUCUCAUUUUGGUCUUUUGUAUGCUAAUGGCAAAACCAAGUUUUCUAUUUAAUUUUGUAAAACACAAUAAAGCAUUUAAAUUUGAAGUAUAGAGAAAAGCAAUUGAAUAGGAUAUCAUAUGAAAAUACCUUUCUUGAAAGAAAAACUCUAGAC